AUGGCAGGAAAGGCAUCCUUGAAACGAGCAGAGGACUUUGUCUCUUUCCUGAAUGCUUCACCUACUCCCUUCCAUGCCGUUCACUCCGCAAAGCAGCGACUCGAGAAGGCGGGCUUCAAGCAGAUCAAGGAACGAGACAACUGGACCCCAUCCCUCCAUCCAGGCGGCAAAUACUACCUCACCCGCAAUGCCAGCACGAUCGUGGCCUUCGCCAUCGGUUCACAAUGGAAGCCCGGUAACCCCGUAGCUAUGGUCGGCGCACAUACCGACUCGCCAUGUCUACGAGUGAAGCCCGUGUCAAAGCGCAGUGCAGAUGGCUUCAUGCAGGUAGGUGUAGAGACCUACGGCGGUGGACUAUGGCACACAUGGUUCGAUCGCGACCUCGGUGUAGCAGGACGAGUAAUGGUCAAGAGCAGCAACGGCGGCAUGGAACAGAGAUUAGUCAGAGUCAGCAAGCCGAUCUGCAGGAUACCGAAUCUGGCAGUGCAUUUCGGAGGUAGCGUGCCUUUCGAGUUCAACAAAGAGGCACAGCUCAUCCCGAUCACCGGUCUCAUAUCUGCGGAGUUGAACAGGACAGGCAAAACUCCGGAAGAGGCGGCAAAGGAGCAGAGUGAGGCAGAUAAGGCGGCCGAUUUCAACCCUCUCAAGACGCCAGCACAAAGACACCAUACCUACUUCGUUGAGCUGAUUGCGAAGGAAGCUGGUUGCAAGCCUGAGGAUAUUCUGGACUUCGAGCUCGUGCUUUACGACACCCAAGCUAGCUGCAUUGGUGGCCUGAACGACGAAUUCAUCUAUUCUGCUCGUCUGGACAAUUUGGGCAUGACAUACUGCACAGUCGAAGGUCUCAUCCAAUCAGUCUCCUCCAAAUCCGCACUCGAGAACGACAGCACGAUCCGGCUAAUCGCCUGCUUCGACCACGAAGAAAUCGGCUCCACAUCCGCCCAAGGCGCCGACAGCAACCUCCUCCCCGCCGUCCUCCGCCGCCUAUCCUGCCUCCCCACCGGACCCAGCUCCUCCGCCUCCGACUCCGAAAAGAGCUACGACAAAGUCAGCGCGGACGAAAACGCCAACUCCACCGCCUUUGAGCAAACCCUUGUGACCUCCCUCCUCGUCUCGGCAGACAUGUCCCACUCCAUCAACCCGAAUUACAGCGGCAAAUACGAACCCAACCACGCCCCGCGCAUGAACGAAGGCACCGUCAUAAAAGUCAACGCCAAUGUCCGUUACGCCACAAAUUCCCCCGGUAUAGUCCUCCUCCAAGAAUGCGCCCGUCGCGCCAAAGCCGCAUCCUAUCAAGCGCCUGGUGCCAGGUCCAAGGACGGCGGGGUGCCAUUGCAACUGUUCGUGGUGAAGAAUGACUCACCCUGCGGAAGCACGAUCGGGCCGAUGUUGAGUGCGAAGUUGGGUUUGAGGACGAUUGAUGUGGGUAAUGCGCAGUUGAGUAUGCAUUCGAUCAGGGAGACGACGGGGUGCUAUGAUGUGGAGCAUGGGGUUAAUCUGUUUGAUGCCUUCUUUGAGCAUUAUGGGGAGCUGGAGGGGAAGGUUGUUGUGGAUUGA